GUCGUCUUCUUCCUCCUCUUCAUGCCCAGCCCACUACUCGCAGAGGUCGCAUAGUCCCCAAACCCCCACGAACACGAACACGACCUAACCAAACCGAAACCUAUACACCAUAGAGCGCGAUUAAAACCAAACCCUAGAAAUUAGAGGGACUGGUAGACUCUCAGAGACACUUUGAUACGCUUUCAUGGCUGGCAUUUCCGGGGACGCGUUGCGUUCUAGGGCAAAUUCGUGUUGAUUCGUUUUGGAAUAGGGCUCGUGGUUCGAAACCCUAGGAGAGAGAAAGUGUUUCCAAUUUCGCGGCUCCCGUCCCAAUUCAGUUUGUAGAGUAUUGAAUAGAUGGGAGGGGAAAGAUUGUAGGUAUUAAGGUAGGUAUGCAUGGAUAUACCUCAGAGUCUGGUCUCCUCGUAAAUGCUGAGGUUGAUUCCAUGGGUGGAGUUGUUGACGGCGGGGUUGGUAUUGGUUUGAAAACCUCUCCACGCCGAGCAGCUAUUGAGAGGGCUCAAGCAGCACUUAGGCAAGAAUACGAUGUUCGUGAGGAAAGGAGAAGGGAGCUAGAAUUUCUUGAGAAGGGUGGCAAUCCCUUGGACUUUAAGUUUGGGAAUGGAGCUUCAGUUAGUGUCCAGUCUACUUCACUCACAGAUCAGCAUCCAGAACAAAUUGUGACCAGUGAAGCAAAAGGUAGUUUUGCAUUGGCUACCUCACCUCAUGGAGAUUCUGUUGAGAGUAGUGGUAGACCAGGGGUUCCUGCAGUUUGUGAACCAAAUAGCGCUGAUAAUCUGUUGCUUUUUGAUGGUGACAAUGAGUUACUUGAAGGUGAAAGAAGCUCUAUACAACCUGGUAGAAUGAAUCGCAUUCUUCCAUCUGAGCAGUCUUUCCAGAUGGAUGGGAGUCAAAAUGCCAAGGAAUCUGAAGAUUCAGCUUUUCUCCGCCCAUAUGCUCGAAGGUAUAGGUCCAGACCGAGCCGUGAUGGUGUUCGUGGUAGGGAUGGAAAGGAGGUGAUGUCUGAAAUGAACAACACAAAAGACCAGAAUAUACCUUCUGUUUCUAAUGCAAAGGCUGCUACUUCAAAUGGUGACAUCGCUUCAAAAAAUGUAUCUUCUGAUAAUCAGUUGGAUACGGACAGGGAUGGUGUGCAGGCUCUAGAGACUAUUAGCAGUAUCCUGCCAGAAGUUAAGUUGGAUGUUAAGACUCCCAAGAGCUUGAGGGAUAAUCAACACGAUCAAUCUUGUCAAGUCAAUCCACAGCAAACUGCUGUUGAUAUGGCUUCUGGGGUACCUGAUCUUGUUGGAGAAAGGCAUCAGGCAGUUUCAGCUGGUUUUGAAUAUCCACCUAGUGAAACUACAGGAAGAGUUGAGAAUGACACUAGAUCUGGUCAGUUGAAUGAGUUUAGCAGCAUCAAAUUAGAUAGAAAAAGCAUACUGGAUGAAGGUCAAAAUAGCAAUGCAGCAUUAGGCACAGAGGGUUUAGAUUCUGAGUGCUUUGGUACUCAAACUAGCCUAGGCGUAGAUGUAAAUAACGACAAUAACUUGUGUACUACAAGGAAUGCCACAUCUAAUGGGAAUGCUAUGGAGCAAACUUCAAAUUUUGAAGAGACAAUAAAUUUAGCUGGUGGUGAAGUGGUAAAACAAAUGAAAGAGCCCUAUGGUGUUGAUAAAAAGAAUGACACUAAGGCUGUUGACAAAAGGAACGAAAGCAAGGCCUUUGAUGGGGGUCUUAUUAUUAAUGCCCAUCAUGAUUCCGUUUAUGAAAACCACCCUGGCAAUGGUACUACAGUCAAAGUUGAGGAAGAUAUGCACACAGGUAGAUGUGAAUUGCAAAAAGAGGUGAAAUGUACUUCUAACAUUGAGGGAGUGCAACAAAAUGAACAUAUCGAAUCAGAGAUUGAGGGAAAACUGGAUGUCUUAUUGGUUGAUAAUUCCAAACACGAUAAGGAAAACAUUAAUGCUGGCAGACUUGGAGAACGUAUGGAUAUCUUGAGCUGUGAGCAUCCAGGGAUGGACUCUUCUGCUGCCCAUGAACUUCAAAAUUGUUCUGGUAACCCUUCACAAUUGUCAGAUAUGGCUCAUGAAGAUUCUAUUCUGGAAGAGGCACGAAUUAUAGAGGCGAAGCACAAGAGAAUAGCAGAAUUAUCUGUUCCUAUUUUACAUUCGGAGAAUCAGAGAAAAUGUCAAUGGGAUUUUGUUCUUGAGGAAAUGGCAUGGUUGGCAAAUGAUUUUGCGCAGGAGCGUCUUUGGAAGAUAAGUGCUGCUGCUCAAAUAUGUCAUCAGGUCACUUCUACUUCUCGGUCGAGAUUGAAAAAGCAAAACCAAUGUUGGGAGCUAAGAAGAGUAGCUCACACAUUAGCGAAGGCUGUCAUGCAGUUUUGGUGUUCAGCAGAGGUGGUUUCAAAUAGUGAUGAUAGUGUUGGUCAAAACAACUUGAAGUGUAGUUUGGUUGGAUCAAGGAGGGUGGAUGGAAACGAAGUUUUUAAGGACAAGAUUGAAGAAUCCCAUACGGAGACAAGCAAAGAAUUAGGGACACAGUAUCCUGGACAAAAUGCUACAACUGCCGUAGUGGAAUAUGCAAUGAGAUUUUUGAAAUGUAACAACCCGCUUGGUGCUUUUCUUCAAGCGCAGGCACCAGCAACUCCUGACAGGACAUCUGAUUUAGGAAUUGUGGAGUCAUCGUGGGAGGAGCAUCUUGCCGAAGAAAACCUUUCCUAUUUGGUUCCAUCUGGUGCAAUGGAGACCUACAGAAAGUCUAUUGUAUCUCAUCUGCUAGAGUUUGAGAAAACUGGGAGUGCCAUGCAAGAAGAAGUUGAAACAUCAGCUUAUGGUGCUGUGGCAGAGUAUGGAUAUGAAGGGAAUGCAUAUGAUGAGUAUGAAGGAGAAACAAGUCCGUUUUCUUUGCCCGGUAGCAAGUCAUCAAAAUUUUCCCAGAAGAAACGGAAAAAAGGGAUGGAAUCAUACAAUUCGAGAUCAUAUGAAGUGGGAGCUGAUUUGCCCUAUGGACACUUCACAACUGGAACUCAGCAGUCAGUGUUGAUUGGGACAAGGCCUGCUAGUCUUAAUGUUGGUCCAAUUCCUACCAAGCGCAUGCGCACUGCUACUAGGCAAAGGGUUUUGAGUCCUUUCGGUGCUGGAGCAACUGGGACCAUUCAGGCUCAACUUAAGACAGAUGCUUCAAGUGGAGAUACUAAUUCCUGUCAGGAUGAUCAAAGCACUUUGCAUGGGGGAUCCCAGAUACAGAAAAGUGCUGAGGUUGAGUCGGUUGGGGACUUCGAAAAGCAGUUGCCAUAUGACUCUGCAGAAACAUCAUCAAUGAGGCCUAAAAAGAAGAAGAAGGCAAAGCAUCUGGCAUCCACAUAUGACCCGGGAUGGCAGCUGGAUUCUGCCAUUCUUAAUGAACAGAGGGAUCAUUCCAAGAAGAGAUUGGACAAUCACCACUUUGAAUGUAAUGGAACAAGUGGUUUGUAUGGGCAGCCUAAUGCCAAGAAACCAAAGAUUGUGAAGCAAUCACUAGAUAAUAAUUUUGACAACAUUACUCCUAUGGGUGGGUCCAUUACUUCCCCUGUGGCAUCCCAGAUGAGUAAUAUGUCCAACCCGAAUAAAUUCAUUAAAUUGAUAGGUGGUCGGGAUAGGGGCCGGAAAGUUAAAGCAUUGAAGAUGUCUGCCGGGCAGUCUGGUUCUGGAAGUCCCUGGUCGCUAUUUGAAGACCAGGCGCUUGUUGUUCUUGUACAUGAUAUGGGUCCUAACUGGGAGCUUGUAAGUGAUGUUAUCAACAGUACUCUGCAGUUUAAGUGUAUCUUUCGGAAGCCUAAAGAGUGUAAGGAGCGGCACAAACUUUUAAUGGACAGGAAUGCUGGGGAUGGAGCUGAUAGUGCUGAAGAUUCAGGGUCUUCUCAGUCUUAUCCAUCUACCUUACCAGGCAUUCCAAAGGGUAGCGCCAGGCAAUUGUUUCAACGCUUGCAGGGGCCAAUGGAAGAGGAUGCUAUCAGGGCGCAUUUUGAGAAAAUCAUUAUGAUUGGGCAGAAGCAGCACUAUCGGAGGAGUCAGAGUGAUAACCAAGGUCUGAAACAAAUUGGACCUGUUCACAAUUCCCAUGCUGUGGCUGUUAACCAAGUUUGCCCAAAUAACCUGAAUGGAGGUGCUCUAACGCCACUUGAUCUCUGUGAUGCAACCACAUCAAGCCAAGAUGUUCAUCAUCCACUUGGUUUUCAAGAUUCUCAUGCAAGUGGUUUAGGAAUAUCAAGUCAGGGUGCUGUUGCAUCGAUGCUUCCUACUUCUGGGGUGAAUUCCACCCUACAAGGAUCUUCUGGUGUGGUUCUUGGUAGUAACGUGCCAUCACCAUCUGGCCCAUUGAAUGCCUCUGUCAGGGAUGGCAGAUACAAUGCUCCAAGAACAUCAUCUUUACUGGUUGAUGAGCAGCAAAGAAUGCAGCAAUACAAUCAAAUGUUAUCUGGUAGAAAUAUCCAGCAGUCUAGCAUGUCAGUUUCAGGGCCAGGGGGUCUUUCAGGAACUGAUCGUGGUGUGCGUAUGCUACCUGGUGGAAAUGCUGUGGGCAUGGGGUGUGGAAUGAAUAGAAACGUGCCAAUGUCAAGACCUGGGUUUCAGGGAUUGCCCUCAUCAUCUAUGUUGAAUUCUGGGACAAUGCUUUCUUCCAGUAUGGUGGGGAUGCCAAGCUCUGUAAGCAUGCACUCUGGAGCUGGUUCUGGUCAAGUGAACUCUAUGUUAAGGCCUCGUGAGGCUCUUCAUAUGAUGCGGCCUGGCCAUAACCCGGAGCAUCAAAGGCAAAUGAUUGUUCCUGAGCUUCAGAUGCAGGCCACACAAGGGAACAGCCAAGUUAUCCCCCAUUUCAAUGGGUUGACUUCUGCUUUCUCUAAUCAGACUACUUCACCACCUGUUCAGCCAUAUGGAGGCCACUCUCAGCAGCAUCAUCAGAUGUCUCCCCAGCAGUCUCAUGCUCUCAGUGGCCCUCAUCACCCUCAUAUUCAGGGCCCCAAUCCUGCUACAGGUUCCCAGAAUCAAGCUUAUGCAAUCCACCUUGCUAAAGACAGGCAUCUACAGCAGCGGUAUUUGCAGCAGCAGCAGCAACGGCAACAGUUAGCUGCAUCCAACGCUUUAAUGUCGCAUGUCCAGCCACUGCCACAACCUCCCACAUCAUCUUCUAUACAAAAUAAUUCCCAGAUUCAGUCCCAAACUUCGUCUCAGCCAGUAUCUAUGUCACCAGUGACACCAUCUUCCCCAAUGGCUCCUUUAUCAUCUCAGCACCAACAGAAACAUCACCUGCCACAACAUGGGAUCAGCCGGAAUCCUGGUGUCAGUGGGUUGACUGGUCAGAUGGGGAAGCAACGGCGACAGCCUCAACAGCAGCCAUUUCAACAAUCUGGCAGGCACCACCCUAAUCAACGGCAACAAGCACAGUCUCAACAACAGGCUAAACUUUUAAAGGGAAUAGGAAGAGGGAACAUGUCGGUGCAUCAGAACCUCCCCAUUGAUCAUUGUCAUAUCAAUGGCCUUUCUGUGCCUCCAGGAAGCCAAGCUCCUGAGAAAGGAGAGCAGAUCAUGCAUGCAAUGCAAGGCCAAGGCUUAUAUUCUGGCUCUGGUAUAAACCCAGUCCAACAAUCUAAACCAGUAGUUCCUUCUCAAUCUUCAAACCACUCCCAGCUGCAGCAAAAGCUAAUUGGCCCUGCACCCACUACGUCGAAGUCUCUGCAGCAGAUACCUCCCAAUGCUGAUAGUAGCAGUCAAGGCCAGUCUCCACCAGUUCCUCCGGGUCAUGCAUUAUCAUCUUCUCAUCAAACGGUUCCAUCUUCGGUUGCUUCCAACCAUCAGCAGCUACAGCCACAGCCACACAUAAAGCAGUUUAAUCAAACUCAAUCAAGUGCUCAGAGAUUGCUCCAACAGAAUCGUCAAGUGAAUUCUGAGUUAAAGAACAAGUCUCAGACUGAUCUAGCUCAAGCUGACCAGCAGUCUGUGAAGAAUGCUUCUCCAGUGAUUUCUAGCACUGCAAUGCCACAGGCCUGUAAUGAUUCAGCUGAUGUGAUACCUGUUGUUUCUUCUUCCGUUUCUCCUCAGUGGAAGGUGUCAGAAUUAGUAUAUGAUUCUAAUAUGCCUAAUAUGGGGAAUACACCUAUUUCAAAUUCCUCUGGGAGUGAGCCAUUACCACCCAUCAGUCAGGGGUUGGGUCCAAGGCAGUUAUCUGGUAGCUUUCCCUCGCAUGGUAAUAAUGUUGGAGUACAGUGGCAGCCUCAGCUUCCACUGCAACAGUCUCUAACAUCCCCACUCCCAUCCCAACAACAGUAUCAGCAUCAAGAACGACAGCAGCAAGAACAGCAAUCACCUCAGAAUCUUCAGCCACAACAACAGUCUCAACCGCAAAUACAGCUUCUGCAAGCAGGGCAAGGAAGUUUGUACGUGAGGCCCACAAGUUCUACUCUGGAAUGAAGCAAUCUAAUUGAUUGAGCAUUUCAAGACUGGUCGGCUUGUCAGGAUUGGGUCUGCAUGCCCAUGUAACAGCAGUGUACAGAUGAAGCUGGUUGUUCCAUAUUUGCAUUGUAGGACAGAAGGAGAUGCCGAUCAUUAUUCGCUUGUACUGUCUGAAGUUAAUUGAAGCAAAAUUUGGGCAUGGCACUAUCAUCGUGUAUUUUUUGGCAGAUCUUGUAUAUUACCACUUGUUUAGAGUUUUAGGAAGAUAAAGAUGGAAAUAGAGGUAUGUGUACAGGUUCUCAUCUCUUUUUUUUCUUGUACUUCUUUUCUUCUUUUAUCUCCUUGGUUCCCUGCACAUGUGGAGGGCUCGAAUUCCUUUUUUUACCCCACUAGAUUAGCGCAUGUAUUAUUAUCCUUUCAUAUUAAUGGGGUAGCAAUUAUUUUUAUGGCCCAAAGCCUCUUGGAAUUUUUGUGCAUAUAUUGAUUAUGGAGUAUGCGCUAGGUGAGCCUAUGGAAUUAUUGUAAUUUAUAACCAUUUUCCGUUUAAUGCAACAAACCUUCCUCGCCUGUUUCCUGCUGUGCAUAUUGAGCAACAAGCCCUUCAAGCGUCAAUAUCGGUAUGUUUUGCAGAGGUUAUUUUGUUCUAGGGGGUGGUUACACUUACUAGCUAUUGAUUGACACCUUUACAUUGCUGGGGAAUUUUGGUAUAUUCCUGUUGAUAAUGAUGAGAGCCUGUAUGUGCCUUUGUAAGAAUUAUUGCCUGUUGACGUACAUGUUACCUUAAUUUGUAAGAAUUAUUGCCUGUUGACAAUACUAAAGUCGAUUGCUGAGCGAAGGAAGCCACAGAUGUUUGACUCCAAGGUGUCAAUUGUUGAGUUGUGUAGCCAAUGUAUUCAUUCAAGCAGUGAUUGUUAAAAUCUUCAUUUAUUUAUUAUUAUUAUUUUGCAUUUGUACUCGAUU